AUGACUUAUUUUGAUGGAGUUUCAAAUAUCGUUAAAAGAAAUCGUGCAGUCGAUAUUAAUCCACCACCACCACAAUCAGAUAUUAACUUAACUUCUCAUGGUUCAGAUUGGUUAUGGGCAGCUUUUUCUGUAUUUGCUUUAUUAGCGGUUGUUCAUGGUUUUAUUUACAGUUUAACAAGUGUUAGAAGAAGUGGUUUAAAAAAAUCAUUGUUAAUUAUUCCAUUAUUUACAAAUGCUGUAAUGGCAUUUGCUUACUAUACUUAUGCAUCUAAUUUGGGUUAUACUUGGAUUAGAACUGAAUUUCAUCAUGUAACUACUGACAGAGGUUUAGGAGUUCGUCAAAUCUUUUACAAUAAAUAUAUUGGUUGGUUCUUAUGUUGGCCAUUAGUUUUAACUAUCUUUGCUAUCAUAACUCAUACAAGAUUAACUGAUGAUAGAGAUGAUAUUUUAAAAAGAGUUGUCCAAAUUAUUUCAACCAUUUUUACAAGAUUUUUAGCUAUAGCUGUAUUUGUAUUAGGUUUGUUAAUUGGUGGUUUAAUUAGAUCAUCAUAUAAAUGGGGUUAUUUUACUUUUGCAGUAGUUGCUCAAUUAUUUGCAAUCUAUCUUGUUUGUGUUGAUUUACAUCAUAGUUUUCAAUCACCAACUAAAAGUUGGUUAGGUAAUUUAAUAAUUACAUUUUAUAUUGUUGUUUGGAUUUUAUAUCCAGUAUGUUGGGGUUUAUCGGAAGGUGGAAAUGUUAUUCAACCAGAUUCAGAAGCAGUAUUUUAUGGUAUUUUAGAUUUAAUAACUUUUGGAUUUGUACCAGUUAUAUUAACCUGGAUUGCUAUAAAUAGAGUUGAUGAGGAGUUUUUCACUAAAAUUUGGCAUUUCCAUUUGAAUAAUGGUAGAGAUGGUGAUAUUGGUCAUCAUGAUGUUGAAAAGGAUGUUGGAGUAGAUACUCCAAGACAUUCUGGUGAUACCGCAGUACCUCCAACAGGUGUUCCAAAUACUGAUGAAGCUUUGGUUGAGGAAGAAGUCGUAAGAGAUUGA